UCAUCUCUGCAUGGCUCGACGUGGAGUGAGCCACAAUGUGUAGAGACUGCCCCCGAGGGCCGGUGCUGAGACGCGGGGCUGUGGGUUGAAGCCGUGGUUUGCAUGCAGGUGUCUCACGUGUGCUGACAGCGCACCCGGCCGAUGUGCUCUCCCUCACCACCUCCCGCUGGAUGUGAUGGAAGCUGCUGCUGCUGUCGCCUUCCCCCUUCCCUUUGUUCGGCUGCACGGCGCUCCCCAGCCCGGAGAUUUCCCUCCGCUAACUCGCCCAGCGGCCGGCGAGCCACCCUCUGGCUCAGUGAGCAGGGCGUGCGAGGGGCAUUGGUGUUAAGCCGGCGAGCUCUAGCCCCCAGCUCCCAGGUGGGUCGCCGGGCAGCCUCUGGACUGAGCAUACCCCCUUUUUUUUUUCUCCCCCUGUUGGAUUUUCUUCCCAACAUCUGUCUGCAGAGCAGAGGGGAAGAGGCACACUGCAGAAAAGCGACCCUCCCCGCCUCUGCGCCUCCUCGUCCAAAAAAAGUGGGAUAUGUGAUUUCUUCCUGCUCCCGUGGGACUGACCGUAAUCAUCAGCAUGAUCUCUAUGAAGGAAAGGCAGAAGAGGAAGCUCUCCAAAGACAGCAUGACUUUGCUUCCCUGUUUCUACUUUGUCGAGCUUCCCAUUGUGGCUUCAUCGAUCGUUACUCUUUACUUCCUGGAGCUGACGGACCUGUUCAGACCAGCUAAAGUGGGCUUCCAGUGCUAUGACCGAGCACUCAGCAUGCCCUAUGUGGAACCCAGUGAGGAACUCAUCCCGCUGCUCAUGCUCCUCAGCCUGGCAUUUGCUGGGCCAGCAGCCUCUAUUAUGAUUGGUGAAGGGAUUGUCUACUGCUGCCAGUCAAAGCUGAAGAACAAGGAGCGUUCUGAAGGCAGCAUUAAUGCGGGGGGCUGCAACUUCAACUCCUUCCUGCGUCGCACAGUAAGGUUUGUUGGUGUUCAUGUAUUUGGGCUCUGUGCCACGGCCCUGGUUACUGACAUCAUUCAGCUGGCAACUGGAUACCACGCGCCCUUCUUCCUCACGGUGUGCAAGCCCAACUACACCCUGCAUGGCAUCUCCUGUGACCAUGACCCCUAUAUCACCAAGGACAUCUGCUCUGGCCCGGACCAACACGCCAUCGUGUCCGCAAGGAAGAGCUUCCCAUCCCAGCACGCCACAAUCUCUGCCUUCGCCGCUGUGUACAUCUCGAUGUACUUUAACUCCACAAUAUCUGACUGUACCAAGCUACUGAAGCCAGUUCUGGUGUUUGCCUUUGCGAUUGCUGCUGGAAUCUGUGGCCUGACCCAGAUCACCCAAUACAGAAGCCACUCACUGGACGUAUACGUGGGCUUCAUCAUUGGGGUCGGGAUCGCUGCAUAUCUGGGGUUCCAUGCGGUGGGUAAUUUCAAGGCAUCGGAGGACGCCUCUCCCACCAGACCUUCCCCCAAGAGUGGACUCAGGCCCCUGACGCACCUCCGCCACGACUCGGUCUACCAGCAGAGCAAAUCCCUCAGCACCGACGAACUGAACCCACAACCCAGGCUCGAUGGGUUGGAACAGCAGCUGGCACAACGAGAGAAGAACUCCCUCAACAGCCUGAAGCGGGCGAGCGUUGAUGUGGAACUGCUGGCGCCGCGCAGCCCAAUGGGGAAGGAGAACAUGGUGACCUUCAGCAACACCCUGCCCCGAGUCAACACCCCAAACCUGGACGAGGCUGCCCGUCGCCAUAUGACCAUCCACGUCUCCAUGGACGCCUCUCGGUCCAAGCAGCUGAUUUCCCAGUGGAAGCAGAAGUCGAUCGACGGCAUGUCCUUGGACCACGACCCUUCCAUCAGUCAGUCGCAGCCUCAGAUGAGGACGGCUCUGGAGCUGCGAGGUGCGGGCUUUGACCAGGACGAGCCCGCCCCCUCCUCACUCUACCCCACGGUGCAGGCCAGGAACUCGGAGAGAGGCAGCGGAGCCCGGGUGCUGAUCCAGUCCAGGCCCGGACCCUCCCAGCUGGUCCACAUCCCGGAGGAGACCCAAGGGAACCCCAGCACCUCCCCCAAGAGUAACUCUGCCCGGGCCAAGUGGAUGCUGAUGGCGGAGAAGGGAGGAGUGCCCCGCCCCAACAACCAGCCCCGCAUCAUGCAGGUCAUUGCAAUGUCCAAGCAACAAGGCAUGAUCACCGUCACGCCAAAACAUUCCGAUGGGUCUAGUAGCUCCGAUUCCUCGCACUACAAGUCUCCCUCCGAGCGCGACUCCUCCAGCAUCGUUACCGUGGAUGCUCACGGAGCCCACCCGGUUGUCCACGUUUCAUCUGGGAACGGUGGGGGGCCCUGGGAAUGGAAGUCCCCUCAGGGCAGCAUGGAUGUCCACGAGGCUUAUGAACUCAAUGACCUGAAUCGGGACUACAGAGAUUACCGAUCAGCCCAAAACAAUAGCAACUCUCCCAGUUCUUCUGCCAGCGACAUUGAACAGGAAGACGUGCGUUUUUGCAGUGUCGCCACCAUCAACGUCGCUGGAGCAGAGAGGAGCGAAACCAACUCGGACACGCUGACCAUUGGCUCCAGCCGUGACUCGACGCUUAGGAGAAAGCCCAACACCGUGUAUCUUGGGGAACGUGAAUGCAGCGCCGAUGGCGAUCAGGAUGCUUACUUGAAGAAGCUUCAAGCCAACCGGAGAUUCAAAGACUAGACCGGUCUCUUGGAUAGGAGUGAUAACUCGUGAUGCGUUUGGAGCAAUAACUUACCACAGUACCAAACCGUUCAGAAUUGGUUAUCUGUGCUAUGCAUUUGUUCCCAAGUUGAACCUAACAGGAAUUAUUGCCAUGGAGUUCCUGCUGUCAGACCUUUCCAGAUGAUGAUUCACAGCCCCCUUCAAAACUGGUUUCUUUGCAGUUUGACUUCCCUUGCAAACAAAAUAAAACGUCCAAAAGCAAGGUCAACCUUUGGAGAUAUUGUUUAGAAAGAGUUGCAUUUAAUAGCACCUUUCAUGACCCAAGAACUGGCCCACAGCUCAUUAGUUAAGAGGCCUGGAUACUAUGGGUUGCUUUAACUCGCAUGAUACUUUGUUCUUAUCAAACUUCAGGCUUUUUGAAUCUGUCUCCCAGCGUUUAAGAUGUGUUUUUAAAUUAGCAAUGGUUGAGGAAACAAGAAAUGAAAUGUUGUGUAAUGCGUAGAUCACCCAAUGGUGUAAUUUGUUUUAUUGUGACUUCCUGAUAUAAUGGUCAACAUUCUGUGUCAACCGUGGGACUUUGCAGAAUACGUGUGGAGAGAAAGAUCUGGUGCGUCUGUGCCAAAAUACUGCCAACCUUUACAAAAUAUGUUUGGUGCGACCUUGCUAAUGGUCUAGUUACAUAAGGGAUACUUUGGUGCUAGAAUCUAUUGAUGACCACUAUUAUUGAUUGUAAAUUAGCAAGUAAAGUGACUCCCUUUCCUUGCUCCACAACACCUUAAUCUAGAACACAGAACAAAAUCAAAAUCCUGUUGGUGCUGGAAGUGUCAAAUGAAUUUGAUACUGGUUGUUCCCUCGAAAUUCAAGCUGCUUCAGUAGAGAGAAACAUAAUUCACAUUCAAGUAAGCGUCGGUUCAAAUCCUGUUGAAAGGUCAUUAUUGUAACAAUUCACUACAGAUGUGGCACAACCCUGAGUAUUUGCAGCUACCUUCAGUUUAUGGAAGAAUGAUUGUGUUAAUCCUCACGAAUGAUCACUCUGAUAUAGUUUUUAAAAAAUGAAACGGAUAAGACAGAUCCGCUGGGAACGAAUUAUUCGGCCUUAAUGUAGGACAGGUGUCGUCCAAUGUUGAAAUGCAAGCAAUGUAUUGGGAUGCAAUAUGUUAACUAUUGGAGUCCAUGUUAACACCCACACCAACCGGAUGUGGAUGACAAUUGCUGCCGUCUGUAGUGUUUAGCUCUUUGGCAGGUUAAAUAUGAACUUUGCACCACGUAAUUUAGCAAUCCCAGGUGGCAAAACUCAUUCCAAGGCCAGUACUGUGAUGUUCUCACGUGUUUGAUUCAGUCGAACCAAUUCUCAGCCACCUGCAAAUCUGCCUGGUCCACUGAAGGUGCACCUUGCCACUGCUCGGAUCCACCUUUGUGUCCAGCACCAUAGACACAAACCAAGAAACUGGAGGCGCCUUUCAGCCAAGUCUGCCAAGUGACACCAUUGUGCUCUCUUUUUGCUGCUGGUUGGAUGGGGUGGAAUGCAUGGACUCGGUUAUGAGGAUGACAGAUAAAUUGAGGAACCAGCUGUUUAUCUCUUCCAAUCUGCACAGAAUUAAGACGACGCCUCGAUUCUUUCAGAUUGGCCAUUCAUUGACGAAAUGGCUUCCUGUAAAAUUCCUGAUCAUCAGGACUAGAAACCUACCGAGAGCCAUCUUUAUGAAUGUCACUGGCUUAUUCCGAAAGCUACACAGAAUGUUUACUUGAUAUUUACUCUGAAAAUAUUAGCCUGCUUUAUGUUUAGUGAUGCUCACAUUGCACAGGAUGGCUGGUCGGUUUUAUGUUCAAGCAUUAGUCAGUAAAGCCAGCUCUCCUGAAGUGGAGAGUUGACCCUUAGACCUCUGCUUGGACCUUAGGAAGGGUAGCGUGGCCUCAAUGCUAUUCAUUCUAGGGUACAUAGUGGGAGGGAUGGGGUGGGGCAGCAGAAUGGGGUGGGGGGGGGCGGUGGUUGUUUGGUGUAACUGGGUUUCAAUGCUGGGUUAGGACAACAAUAAGAGAAAUGGGUUUAUUCGCCAAGAUGGACUAUUUGGAUAGACAAAGUAUUGAGUGUCCAUUUGAGUGUCUAAUGGGUGUUGUUGGUGGCGAACAUAGUACCGGGUGGUGAAGAAUGCAAACAAAGGGUUAAAUCUAACUCAUUGGUGUUGGGAAGCUAAACCCAGGCACACUCCUGGAAACCCACACCUUUUAAAUAUAUGGUUGUGUAAAUAGACAUUUGCUGACUUAUUGGAGGCUGGCUCCAAACACCUCUUCUGGUUGUGGUUGUCUGAAUGAUUACUGUUUAUAGAGUAACUUUGUUAUUAACUGUGAGGAAUAACGCGCCUGAUUUUGUGAAGCUAACUGUUGUGCUAUGCCAGUGAUAUUAAUGGUAGCUCCUACUGUUCUGAAGUAUUUUGUACCUGGAAGGUGUCACUUGGACAGAAACAAACUUUAAAAUUAAUUGUGAAUUCUAUAAAUGUCAUUUUGAAAAAAAAAUUGUGGAGUGGAUUAAAUAGGAUUCUGUUUCUGAAGGA